CAAAUGUUCCCCCAGCUGUUUCCUGUCUACAGUGUCUGUGUUUUGUAGAUAAAUGUGAGGAUUUUCUCUAAAUCCCUCUUCUGUUUGCUAAAUCUCACUGUCACUGCUAAAUUCAGAGCAGAUAGAGCCUGCGCAAUGGAAUAAAGUCCUCAAAAUUGAAAUGUGACAUUGCUCUCAACAUCUCCCAUCUCUCUGGAUUUCUUUUUGCCUCAUUAUUCCUGCUAACCAAUUCAUUUCCAGACUUUGCACUUCAGAAGCAAUGGAAAAAAUCAGCAGUCUUCCAACCCAAUUAUUUAAGUGCUGCUUUUGUGAUUUCUUGAAGGUCAAGGUGCACAUCAUGUCCUCCUCUCAUCUCUUCUACCUGGCCCUGUGCUUGCUCACCUUCACCAGCUCCGCCACAGCUGGACCGGAGACCCUCUGCGGGGCUGAGCUGGUGGACGCUCUUCAGUUCGUGUGUGGAGACAGGGGCUUUUAUUUCAACAAGCCCACGGGAUACGGCUCCAACAGUCGCAGGGCGCCUCAGACGGGCAUUGUGGAUGAGUGCUGCUUCCGGAGCUGUGAUCUGAGGAGGCUGGAGAUGUACUGCGCACCAAUCAAGCCUACCAAGGCGGCCCGUUCCGUCCGUGCCCAGCGCCACACCGACAUGCCCAAGGCUCAGAAGGAAGUACAUUUGAAGAACGCAAGUAGAGGGAAUGCAGGAAAUAAGAAUUACAGAAUGUAGGAGGACCUUCCUGAGGAGUGAAGAAUGACAUGCCACCGGCAGGGUCCUUUGCUGUGCAUGAGUUACCUAUAAAGCACCAGAAAAUCUACCAAAAAAUAAGUUUGAUAACUUUCAAAAAAUGAGCAUUCCCCCCCAAUGAAAUACACGAGUAAACAUUACAAACAUUGUCUUUAGAAGUGAUUGUUAAAAGCUUUGCACCUUGCAAAAAAAUGGUCCUGGAGUUGGUAGAUUGCUGUUGAUCCUUUAUCAAUAAUGUUCUAUAAAGAAAAAAUAUAUCUAUAUAUCUAUAUAUAUAUAAAUAUAUAUCUUAGUCCCUGCCUCUCAAGAGCCACAAAUGCAUGGGUGUUGUCUAGAUCCAGUUGCACUAAAUUUGUCUCUGAAUCUUGGCUACUGGAGCCAUUCAUUCAGCAGUCUUGUCUAAGUGGUUUAUUAAUUUUUUAUUUGCACUUCUUUCUACACAACACAGGUUGUUUGUUUUACAGUAUCUGAUGACCUUGUUUGUCUGUCUCCAUCCACCCCCCUUCAUCACCUUACAUUUGCCAAAUUUGGCCUCUGCCAUAGCAGCAGCAAGCAGUCAAGUGGCAUACCGAUUUUUAAUCCACGAGAUUCUAUCUGUGGCAUUUAUACCAAAUAUAAGUUGGAUGCCUUUAUUUUAGACACAAAGCUUUAUUUUUCCACAUCUUGCUUAAAAAAAUGCAAAUAGUUGCAACUUUGAGGCCAAACAUUUUUAAGUGUAUGUGUUAAGCAUAGAAAGUCUCAAACUCUCAACAGUUCCUUCAAAUGAUGAGUUAGUGUGCGACCUAAUUAGCAACUUCUCCCUCUUAAUUUUUUCCAUAUAGAGCACUAUGUAAACUUCACAUAUCAACAAUACCAGAUAUAUCAAACAGUAUGUAAAACUCUCUUUUUUAGGACAAUGGUGCUAUUUUGUAGUUUGUUAUAUGAGAGAAUCUGGCCAAAACGGUAAAAGGUGAAAGCAAAACAAAAGAGGAUGCCUGGACCCAGAGAUGACACAGAGGGGAAGGGUACUAAUGAUCCACCCACCCAGGAAAGAAGGCAAAGUACCCCCGAUUAUGCCUUCCAAAAGAAACUGAAGACACAAAGUCCACCAAUGCAAAUUUGUUUGGCGAGUCCAGCAAGGAGUGGGAAAAACAGAAGGCUAGGAGUUGAACAGCCCUGGUUUCUUUUUCUCACUGAAGAACAAACAUCUGCCGACUCGGCCACGGACUCACCACUUUGUGACCUUGGGCAAGUCACUUCACCUCUCUGUGCCUCAGUUUCCUCAUCUGCAAAAUGGGGCAAUAUGUCAUCUACCUACCUCACAGGGGUGGUAUGAGGAUUAAAAAGAUAAAGCUCCAGAUUAUUAUCCUGGGUUGCUAUGAAGGUGCAAAUUCAGAGCCCUUGAGUUGCUGGGGUGCAAGGAAUUCUAUAAACAACCCAUGUAGAGCACAGCUAGGAAAUUGAUUAGCCUAAUGUUCCUGACACACCAAUUUUUGUCAAUAAAGCUAUUCCAUUAUGUACCCAACUAGCUAGUUGUGAAAAGCUAGCAGCUUGAGCUCUUCUAAAAUGUUUUCAAACUAAGUUAGAGACUUUUGAUUAACAACUAUUUUGAAUUCUGCAUUUGGGUUCAUAAAUAGGAAGCAAAAGGAAAGGAAAAGAAAAAAGGAGAAAAACAAAAAGACUUUUACCAACAAAAGGGUGAUUAGUCAAUUUGUUAACACUCACUGAGUGUUCCAAACAGUUACUAGAAAUCUAGUAAUAGUUCUUUUAAUAUUAUAAGUGAUACUCAGUUCAUUUUGAAAAACACAGGUAUUCAUUUUUUAGGCAAUAUUAAAAAUGGUCCAAGAUUUCAACUAUUGAAAUAGUAGCUAAUAAAAAAUAAUAAUUCCUUUCUUUGAUAAAUUUUCCUUUUAUCCUUGGCCAUAUAUGUAUAUACAUUUAUAUACAUACAUUUUUUAAAUUUUUUUGUUAACAUAUACUUGAGUAGAGUUGCUAGCCAAGAAGCAAAAAUUUCCUUCAUGAGUAGAAAUUCUCCCUCAUGUCUGCCUAGAAGAGUGGCCCCAGCCUUCCAUGGAUGUGUCUUAUCCAUUCAGCUAAAAAUUGGUAUCAAGAAAACCCAAUGGUGAGGACAAGCCCAUAGUGACCUAAAAAAUGUUUCCUGUCUAUGUACCAAGAUUUUAUUAGAACAAUGAAUCACCCACCAUUUGGAUCUUUUAUCUGCCCUAUAACUUUUGGAUGAAAAGCAACCAGGUUUGAUUCUUUCAUGUAUAUUGUAUCCCUUUUAUUAUUAGAAAAUACAUAUGGAAAACAAAAAUGACAUCUUUAGUUUUCAUCCCACUGGUUCACCUUAAGGUUCAGAGGCCAGAAAUAAAAAUACGUACAUACAUACUUCCUGAAAUUCAGAACAUACGCAAAAAGUUCUAUUUGGUGGGUGCUCCUGCUCAGCCAACAAGUAUUUUAACCCUCAGUCCACAGUGUUAUUUGAAUUGAGCAUCUCGGGCAUGCUGAGCAACAUUCUGACCACUAUGGACAGAUGUAAAAGAAACCAGAAGUCAUUUUUACCCUUCGUCUGUUUUCCAAACAUAUGGGUUCUGUGGAGCAGGGUGCUGCACCUCUCUUUUCAAAAUGGCACUUCUAAUUUUUAGUUUUUGUUCCCAGAGUAUAUACCUUUUUAAGUUACUGACUCCCGGCAAUACUUUAUGCAAUCUUCUGCUGACCUACAGGUUUCCAGAUCUAGUUGGAUGGGAUGAUUCUAAAAGUGUCUAUGACUUACUUGAUUGACUUAGAAAUUCUAUUCACGGUCCAAAUGCUCUGGUGAGGAAAGCUUAAAUAGGCAAAGACAUCAUCUUUCUUAACUUUCCCCAACACAUAAUCCUCUCCGACUGUAGUAAGUCAUCUAAUUAAAAAUUAACUAAUCCUUAUAUUAACCCACUAUCUUAUUUUCAAAUGAAUUAAAACUAAAACUAGGAGACAAUUUCUUGUAAACUCCAAAACUCAGGUUAUCACCAUAUACUACAGCAGAACAACCCAGGACAGACAGAAAGGGAGCAACUAAAAGUUCACAACUAAAAACUUCAUAAGCUUUGCUCCGGAAUUUUAAAGUGAAGCAAUUUCAAGAUAUGCGUGAAACAGUCAUAAAUAUUAGUAAUAUUUAGCUUUCAACUUCAUAGGCUUGUCAUUUAAAUAAUGAUACAGAAUACCGCUCUCAAAUUUUUGUUCCCCUUUCCCCAAAUAGCAUAAUGACAUUGUUGAAACAUUUUAAGACAAGGAGGCUCCAUUGAAAAAGCUAACACAUCUCUCCAUCACAAUCCACUCUUCUAGAGCUAGAGAAAAACUCUUCCAACACAUCAUACACUCACACACUCAGAGCCCAAUGCAAUAUUAAGGAAAAAAAAUCCCUGUUUUGAGAAAUCUUAUUAAAAAAAAAAAAGGCUGGCCUCCCUAAGAAUCCUUCCCCUCCUGGGGAUGUCACUGUCUGUGUGGGUAAAAGCAUCUCAUGCCCUGCGGCUCCAGGGUUUCUGUUACUGGUUUAUGCACUUGGGAGUAUGAUUCAAAUGGAAGACGUAGCACAGUUUUGCUUUCCCGUUUAUUGUUUGGCCAGCUAUGCCAAUGUGGUGCUAUUGUUUCUUUAAGAAAGUACUUGACUAAAAAAAAAAAGGAAAAAAAGAAAAAAAAGAAAGCAUAGACAUAUUUUUUUAAAGUAUAAAAACAACAAUUCUAUAACUAGAUGGCUUAAUAAGGCAGCAUUUGGUCUAGUCACCACCACCUUUCAACUGUUUAUCGCUCACAAGUUGCAGACUGUUCACCAAAUGGUGAGUUUGGGGGUGUCGGGGCAGAAGAUGGAAAUGGUUUAGAAUCAGAAGGCUCCAUUAUUUUGUUGGCUCUCAAACUCAGCAAAAUCAGCACUAUGUUACCCAAUCUAAACACCUUGAUCAGAGCAUGGAAUAUAAAUGGGGGGAAAGUAUCUUACAGGCAAAUGGCAGAACUAAACAAAUGAUUACUUACUGAUUUUUUUUUUUUUGGUGCUCUCUGCUCUAAAACAGAUAUUCAGCAAGUGGA